AUGCUUCCUUCCAUCUCAACAGCUACUCAUCAAAGAGGACCAUUAAGUAGUCGAAUCCACAUAUUGUCACCACCUCAAAAUUUUAUCACGAGAACAUCAGCACAGAACGUACCUCAAUUGAAUGUUGGAAAUAGUCAUCCCCAUCACUUCGAUGUUGGUGGUUCACAGUCAGAAGAAUUGUACGGAGCAUGUCCCGUUUCUGAUACAGUGAACACACCUUUCGUACAAUCGAUUUGUAUCUACUCCUCUCCAGAAAAUCUACCAUGGGCACCUUCAUGGGCAGUCGUACCGACAGAAAUGUCACUGAUCAAGAACAACUACAGGCCGAUGUUGCCGCUUCCUUGGAUACAUCUAUUUGUAGUUGAUGAGGAGAACGUCAGUGAUGUGGCUUUGUCGACAGGCGUUGAUGAGAGGGAAUCAGAAGUAGAAUUACAAACAGAAGUAAGAGUGUGA